AUGCCACGGGACUACCACUACGAAUCGCCCCGCGAGCGCGACUACUCCCGCGACCGGCAGGACGGCGAGGGCUACCGCUCCGAGCGCGAACGCGAACGACGACGUCAACGACGCGAGAGCCGCGGCGACACGGACGAUGAAGAACGCCGCCGCCGCCGACGCGAGCGUGCCGCGCGCCACGCUGCCGCCGCCGCUCCUGGAGAACAUACUCCGUCCAGCGACCGCGAACACUACGAGCGCGCGCAGCAGGAACGGCAAGAGCGCCGUCGCCGCCGCGGCCACCGUGCCACCGACUCGACCGGCGAACCCAUCCUGAGGCAGCCGGAGCGCUCGUACGACUCGCCGUAUCGCACCGGCGGCGAUGGCUCGCCCAGUCCGACGAAGGCGAGACAGCAGCGCAGGCCGAGGAGAGAUAGUAGUGGCCAUCGAGCCAGUGGCGGCGGUGGUGGUGGCUGGGACACGCCGGCGAGCAGGGAUUCGGGCGCCAGCGCGCGCCCGCUGCUGCAUGCGGAUGCGCUGGCGCAGCUGGACGCUUCGAACGCCAAGAGUGGGUGGAAGGCACAUCGGUACGAUGAGGCCUACGUGAAACGGGUGCGCGACCAGGAAAAGAAUUUGGAGAAAGAGAGGCAGCGCGAGGAGCGGAGGGAGAAGAGGAGGGCGAAGGAGGAAGCGGCCGCGGCGGCUGCGGCGGAGAAGGAGCGUGAGAAGAGGAGGAGGCAUGAGGAGGAGAUGGGGUUUAGGAGGAGCAGGCACGUCGAUGCGGAGUUGGAGGAUGACGAUGAAGAGGAGGAGGUUCCGCGGCAUUAUCCCAGCGGUAAUGACGGGAUCAGGGUGAGGGGGUAUGACGAGUACCCCGAGCCGUAUACUGAUGACCCGUAUACGGACGAUGCCGCGGAACCGAGGAGGAGACGGAGAGAAUACACGGACGAUGAGAGAGACGAAAGAAGGCAGAGAAGAAAAGAAAGAGCGCUUGCGGCCACAGCGAUUGCUGGAAAACAGAGAAAGAGUCGAGUUGUCAGCGGGCCGCUGCUUGAAGAGGGCGGUAAGGAAGACUACGAGUACCGCAUGGCGGCUAAUCGCGGUGGUGGCGGUACCAAGGACGAGUACUACGAUGAAGAGUUGAAGAAGAAGAAACGGAAGAAGAUCUUCAUCGGCGUCGGCAUCGUUGUUCUUCUCCUAGCAAUCAUCAUUCCCGUUGCUGUUGUGGUAUCGGGAAAGAAGAACAGCGAUAGUGGUGGUGAUACCUCCUCUUCUUCAAGCUCAUCGGACUCGAGCAAACCGGACAACAGUAACCUGAACAGCAUCUCCGAGGAUGACAUCCCUGAUUGGGCAAAGGGUGGGCUUCUGGACCCAUUCUCAUGGUAUGACACGGAAGACUUCAAUGUCACCUUCACCAACGACACGGUCGGGGGCCUAUCAAUCAUGGGCCUCAACAUGACCUGGGAUGACAGUGUCCAGGCGAACGAGCACGUUCCUGCUCUGGAUAAGGAGUUUAAAUAUGGCGAAAUGUCCAUCCGUGGUGUCAACGUCGGCGGAUGGUUCAACCUGGAACCCUGGAUUACGCCAUCUUUCUUUGAAUCCUACAAUACCCGAGAUAGUGUCAUUGAUGAAUGGACACUCACCAAAAGCAUGGGAAGCACGAAAGCCAAAUCAAAUCUGGAGCAACAUUACUCGUCUUGGAUCACUAAGCAAUCCUUUGCUGAUAUUCGGGACGCGGGAUUUGACCACGUCCGCAUUCCAUUCAACUAUUGGGCUGUGACCACCUAUGACGGUGAUCCAUAUGUUCCUAAAGUUUCCUGGCGGUAUCUCCUCCGUGGAAUAGAGUAUGCCCGACAGCAAGGACUUCGAGUCAACCUUGAUCUCCAUGGGUUGCCGGGCAGUCAAAACGGCUGGAACCACAGCGGAAAGCAGGGUGUCAUCGGGUGGUUAAACGGGACUGAUGGCGACCUCAACAGACAGCGUAGUCUCGACAUCCAUGACCAGCUCUCCAAAUUCUUCGCCCAGCCCCGCUAUAAGAAUGUUGUCACCAUGUACGGCCUCGCCAAUGAGCCUCGUAUGGUGGAACUCGACACCGAUGCUGUUAUCCAGUGGUACGACGAUGUCAUUCCUCUCGUUCGCAACAACAACAUCACCGCCAUUCUCGUCUUCGGUGAUGGCUUCAUGGGCUUGGACAACUGGCAAGGCAAGCUGCAAGACUACGAAGAUCUCCUUCUCGACGUGCACCAAUACGUCAUCUUCAACGUGGACCUGAUCAAAUUCUCGCACGCCGAGAAGGUCAAUUACGCGUGCAAAGGCUGGACGCAGCAGUCGCUCCGUUCGAUGAACAAGAAGACGGGCUUCGGGCCAACCAUGUGCGGCGAAUGGUCGCAGGCCGAUACAGACUGCACCCAGUACAUCAACAACGUCGGCUGGGGCACGCGUUGGGAGGGUACAUAUAACACAGGAGAUACGGGCACCUCGGUUCUCACGCCCACCUGCCCCACUGAUAACAACCCGAUUUGCUCCUGCAACAAUGCUAACGCCGAUCCUUCCGACUACAGCGAUACGUACAAGCAGUUUCUCCUUCAUUUCGCACUUGCGCAGAUUUACAGUUUCGAGCAGGCCUGGGGCUGGUUCUACUGGACGUGGAAGACGGAGAAGGCUGUCCAGUGGAGUUGGGAGAGCGGGAUGAAGGCGGGGAUCUUGCCGGAGAAGGUGUGGGAUCGCAGUGCGUUCUCGUGUAACACGAGUGACAUUCCGGAUUAUUCGGGUCUGGGAUUGGCGGAGAACUACUAA